CGUAAGCCCAUCGAUCCGCAGUCGAAUUGGAGUGUCACUGACCAAUGAAAUUGCCGAUCCCUGUUAACAGCGAGUGAGAGGUUAUUUUUUUCAUCCUUCUUGGACUUUGGGCCAUGCUGACUGAAGAUGCUACACAUUGGCAGACUUCUUAUCGGGAUGAUCGAACAGCGAUGGGGUCUAGGUUACUCUCAGCGGCUUCUGGCUCAUCAUCCCUGGGAAAAAUUGUUCAGCUCAGUUCUGCUGCUGUCAUUAUCUUGGAACACUCUUUCUAUAUUUUCGAAAAGCGGCGCUAUCCUCGGGACAAGCCAGAUUCUGUUCCUUCUUGUCUUGUCGCUCUCGAGCAGUACAUGGCAUCUCCGCAUGCAGUUGCUGUCAGGGAAGCUGUCGGCGCUGCCGUCCAGGCAUUUGAAGAAGCCGUGACUGCUGCCACUCACGCAUAUGAAGAAGCUAUGAGGAUCCCUGCUUGGAUCGCAAAGUUACCGUUUGAACGCUUCCAGAGGAAGGUAAAAGAAGCUUUUGAACGCUCCAAGGAGAGGGAGAAGGAAUAUUUGUGCUCUCAGGCAAAGGCGAGAUUGAUCAAGACUAUUCUUGAAAUCACUUUAAAUCAUCGCCUGCCAAGGCCUUAAUGUUGGGCAAUGGAACCCAACAUCAAUGAUGUUCUAGUUCGAAGGGAAGCUGAGGCGUCUCGGCUAUGAAUGCAAGUUGCUUGAAAGGUCUGUCGUGGU